AUGUCUCUCUGGGCUGCCAAAGAAAUCGCGCAAGUUUCCAUCUUGUUCAAGGCCAUGGCUGCCGAUCAGCGUGCCUUAGCCUCGAUUGAGGUGAAUCUGGAUGAGAUCCCAGAAGGUGUAACGAAGACCUACGAAUGGCGUGGAAAGCCAGUUUUCGUUAAGCACCGAACAAAGGCUGAGAUCGAAAGGUGUGGGCUAGCCUGA